CAGCAGGUGUUGAGGUGUACAAGCAAUUGAGAGUAUUUCUCGACCUUUUAUAUCGUUUUACAUGUAAUAGCUCAACAAAAUGCCGGUCCAAUAUCCAAAUGGGCCAACCGUGGUACAUGGAAUCGUGGACCCAAAGUUUCAAAAUGAAUCUGAGUUGCAGGGUGUCUUGCGGCGUCUGGUCAUGGGAAACAUGAUGAAAAAAAUUGUGGUUCGAAAAGGAAAAUUAGAGGAACGAACAUUUCAAGUUAAUCUGGAAACUCGACAAGUUGUUUGGCAGCGUGCAGGAGUGCUAGAAGGGUCAAUUGAUAUUAGUGAGAUAAAAGAAAUCCGGCAUGGCAAAGUUUCACGAGAUUUCGACAAACUCGCAGAUGUUUCUCGCAAGUUGGAUUCUGCGGUCUGCUUUACAAUUCUGUAUGGAAACGAAUUUAAUCUCAAGAUUUUAUCAAUCGUUGCUAAACAACAGAGCGAGCGUGAGGUGUGGAUCCGGGGUUUGUCUUAUCUUGUAAUCGAUACUUUGAAGUCACAUUACACACUUCAAGUUGAGAGGUUCCUAAGAAAGGAAUUUAACCAAAUUUGCCGCAGAAACUUGAAGAAGAACAACACUGAUGGUGAAGAACCAAGAAUCACAUUAAGGACGGUGAAAGCUUGGCUUCCUAAUGUUAACGCCAAAGCUCUGCCCACAUCACAGCUAAAGGAAAUGUUUCAGGAAGUAGACAUAAGAAAAAGAGGGGAAAUUGGUUUUGAACAAUUCGUUCAGUUUUACUACAACCUCAUGUUCAGUUGCCAGAAAAGCAUCCUCACUUUUGUGCAGCAUUAUUCUUCAGACAGGUUACGGUUCACUGCACACGAUUUUCAGAAGUUUCUGAUCCAAGAACAGAAAGAAGAUUGGGCAAAUGAUAUAAACGCGGUGAAGACCUUCAUGAUUGAAUAUCUUGGUGAUUCCAGUCGAGCAAAUGAUUCGGUGUAUUUUGAUAACAAGGAGAUGAUGGCUUAUCUAUUCUCGAAAGAAAAUUCUUUAUGGAAUUCAAAAUACAAUGAAAUCCCUGAUGGAAUGUUGGACAAACCAUUAUCUCAAUAUUGGAUUUCUUCUUCACAUAACACAUACUUGACUGGUGAUCAGUUCAGUAGUGAAUCUUCAUGUGAAGCGUAUGCACGUGCAUUAAGGAUGGGAUGCAGAUGCAUUGAGUUGGAUUGCUGGGAUGGUCCAGAUGGCAUGCCACAUAUAUACCACGGGCUAACCCUCACAUCCAAGAUUAAGUUUCAUGAUGUUUUGAAGACAAUUCGUGAACAUGCCUUUGUGGUGUCAGACCUUCCUGUUAUCCUUUCUAUUGAGAACCAUUGUAAAUUACCUCAGCAGAGACAUAUGGCAACUAAGUUUGUUGACAUAUUUCAAGACAUGUUAGUUCGAUUAUCUGUGUCUGCGAAUGAACAAACCCUUCCCUCACCCAACCAACUUAGAGGAAAGAUAAUUAUCAAGCAUAAGAAGUUAAGUGAUGCAAACAGAUCGACUGAAGUAUUCAUAGAACGAAGUACAGCAGACCUGACAAUGGAUAUCAGCAACUCAGUUAAGAACGGUAUGAUGUAUUUUGAAGACCCAACUUUUAAGGAAUGGAACCUUCAUUAUUUUGUCCUCACGGAAGAUAAUAAGUUGGUUUAUACGGAGGAACGACAAACGCAACCUCAUGAUGACACAACGUCCGAGGAUGGAAGCAUAGAUGAGUCAGCAAAUAAUGAUCGAAGGGGUAGUUCUGACACCACUGAGCUCCACUAUGCAGAGAAGUGGUAUCAUGGGCAGAUGGGGAGGGAUGAAGCUGAUCAAUUACUUCGUGAUUAUAAUGGGAAAGAUGGUUCAUUUAUGGUGAGGGAAAGUGCAACCUUCAUUGGAAACUGUACAUUAUCUUUCAUGUACCACGGGCGUGUCACACACUGCAGAAUUCACUCGCAGCAAAACAACGGGCAUACAUACUUCUACCUUGUUCAUGCUCUCUUGUUUGAUAGUUUAUACAGUUUAGUAUGGCACUACCAGCGCUACCCGCUCAGAAACGCCAAGAUGAAUUUUGAACUUUUACUGACUGAACCUGUUCCGCAACCCAAUGCACAUGCUAAUAAAGAAUGGUACCAUGACAGCAUGACACGAACGGAUGCUGAGAAUGUUUUGAUGAGAAUUCCCCGUGACGGAGCUUUCCUUGUGAGGAAGUGUCGAUCUGAUGACCCUUCAGUGACCUCUUUCGCUAUUUCUUUCAGAGCUGAUGGAAAGAUAAAACAUUGUCGAAUAAAACAGGAGUCUCGCUUGUUUGUGAUCGGAAACGCCACAUUUGAAACUUUGUGCGACGUUAUUUCAUUCUAUGAGAAAAAUCCUCUUUAUAGAAAAAUGAAAUUGAAACACCCGGCAACUAAGGAACAAGUGCAGUGUCUGUUACAGGAGCCCAACUUCUACAGUGAAGACCACGGAGCUGUAGGUGGAAGUGUGGCUUACGUACCCCCCAACUUUAUGUCAGUAACAGUGAAAGCUUUGUACGACUACCGAGCCGCACGUGAUGAUGAACUUACUUUCUGUAAACACGCCAUCAUAUCUAACGUUAUUAAACAAGAUGGCGGAUGGUGGCGAGGGGAUUAUGGGGGAAAAGCAGGAAUGUGGUUCCCAAGUAAUUAUGUGGAAGAAAUGGAAUCUGCUAGCAAAGAACCUGGGAGUACUAACUUAGAUGACGCUAAAACUGGCACAAACGUACUUGGAGACAUGCAGAAAGGAGUCAUUGAUCUUGCUAACUCUAAUAUAGAGCUGCUUCCAUCUGGAAGGGGCCACCAGAAACAUGCGUUUCGUAUUUGCCGGUCUAACGGGGACCAGCUUCACUUAGCAACUGAAACUAAAGAUGAUCUCGUUUCUUGGUUGAAUAAUUUGAAAGAAGCGAUUGAUAAACAUGAUUCGCAGGCAAAGAAAUGGAAGGAUAUUGAGAAACACACAAGGAUUGCUGUUGAGUUGUCAGAUCUGAUUGUUUAUUGUCGACCUGUCCAAUUCAAUGAAAACGCAAAGGGCCAUUGUUACGAAAUGUCAUCCUUCCCUGAAAGCAAAGCAGAGCGAUAUGCAUGUCGCGAUAAAGCAAGAAUAUUCAUCAAUUACAACAGAAAACAAUUCUCAAGAAUUUAUCCGAAGGGAUCACGAGUAGAAUCAUCCAACUACAACCCAAUGCCAUUCUGGAAUUGUGGAACCCAACUUGCUGCUCUUAACUUUCAAACUGGAGACCGUUCUAUGCAGUUAAACGAGGCAAGGUUUGAGAUGUUUAACAGAUGUGGAUACGUUCUACAGCCUCAGUUCUUUGAGAAUGAACUUUAUCAUCCGUAUAAUAAAGGAAAUAUACAAGGAGUUGAACCUCUUAUAAUGAACAUACAGGUAAUAGGAGCUCGCCAUCUUCCAAAAUCCGGUCGUGGGUUGGCUUGCCCAUUCAUUGAGGUUGAGAUUAUUGGAUGCGAUUAUGAUGAUGGAAAAGUUAAAACACCAAAGAAAGAUGACAAUGGUUUAAACCCAACAUGGGACAACAGCAGUAGCACGAACAAUGAUAGUUCUUUUGAUUUUGACAUCCUGGUACCAGACACAGCCUUCUUAAGGUUCACUGUGUAUGAUCAAGAUAUGUUCGGCGAUCCAAACUUUCUGGCCAUGGCGAGCAUACCGGUGCCUUGUGUUAAGUCUGGUCUAAGGUCUGUUCCACUAAAAAACACAUACAGUGAAGACAUCCCGCUUGCUGCUUUGCUGGUUCAUCUGGAUGUGAGAAGUGCCAAGGAAGAGGAUGAUGGCCUGUAUGACUCAAUUCAACGCCUCAGAGACCAAACCAAAGAACUUCAAUCUAAAAUAAGCAGCCAGCAAUCUUACAACCCAACAGACAUGAUGUCAUACCACCAACAACUGUGCGAGACACAGAAAGCACUUUUUAUGCAAAAUGAACAGAGAAAGGAAAGGAUGAUUCAGCGUCUAAGGCAUUGAACUUAUGAUGAUCAAUGUUCAUAUAAUCAUUAUGACAUCAUAUUCACCAUUAUGAUGUCAUAUUCUAAUAUCACGAUAUUCGACCAAUUGUCUUCAUUGCUUUUCUAUCUUCUUAUGACAUCACAAUAUCACUUAUGCUUUCUUACGUUCCCACAAUUGAUGAUGUCAUCGGUAAUGAUGUAACUAUUGAUGACAUCACAAACAUAUAUUCAAAGCAAUUGUUUCUGACACUGAUUUUUUACCCGGAGAUUAAAAUCUCCAUUGUUCCGUCCUCUAUUUCACAAUCAUGUAUUCCCAUUCGACAUUCUCAAGUAAGGGAACUCCCCUCCAUAUGUAAAUAAGUUCCCGGUGGUUCCCCUGUCGCGAGAGCUUUUUCUUCAAGUGCUAUUAAGUUCAAAGUGGAAGUGCUAUCAGUUUGCUCGUAGACCUUUUUACUUUUAAUCUCUUUCCGAAGCAAGUGCAAUACUCCACAGGCCUCCGUCCUAAUGUGACUUCAUAAACCCCAAAGUGCUAUGACGUAAUAAGACCCACUGUAGUCAUCACGUCAUGCCUUGUAAGCUGUCAUGUGACUUAAAUAUAAUUCCACCAUAUAUGGAGAAAAU